AUGGAUUUUGUAUCAACGAAUACAGUCGACUCAUAUGUUCAAAUUGAAUUAAUAGAACCUAAUCUUACUAUCAGUAAUGGGAGAAACUCAAAAGUUUGUAAUAAUACUAACCAGAUAGAAAUAUCGGAUUUUGUAUCAGUGAAUACAACGGUCUUUCAAGGAACUUCAGCAAAUUCAUAUGUUCAAAUUGAACAAUUGUCCUCAUUAAUUAAUGAGAAAAAGAAUAAAAUUGAUGAAAUGCUGGGAUCUCAACCUGUUUAUGCAAUAGGGCCUUACUUUCAGCAAGGCUAUUCUGUACUAAGCAUCGCCUGCUGGGUCACAAAGCCUCUUAAUAAAAUUUUAAUCGAAAAACUUUCAGAUUUGUUCAAUGAUAUGUAUGAAAUAAUAGAAAUCAGAGAUGAGGAUAUAGAUAUAUCAAAUAUUAAUGAAAAUAAAUUUAGUGAUGAGAAUCAAAAUAGUGGUCAAGAAAGUAUUGAAGGAAACGAAACCAAUGGAAAUGGUGGAUAUGGAAAGAGUGAAGAAGAAAAUACAAAUGAUGGAAAUGGAAAUGGUGGUGAAAACUCAAAUAAUAGAAAUGGAAAUAGUAGUGAAAACGCAAAUAAUGGAAAUGAUGGAAACAAAAAUAAUAAUGAAAACGCAAAUAAUGGAAAUAAAAAUGGUGGAAAUGGCGGGGGAGAUGGAAAUAAUAAUGGGAAAAGUAGCGUUGAAGAUGAUCAAUUUAUUCAAAUCUUAUCAGCAGCAAGGGCCAAAGAAGAUGAAAAUUUUCAGAGUUUUGAAAUCAACGCUCAUCUCAGGGCAAAUAUAAACAAUAUGAUAGAUGAUGAGAAUAUUUUAAAUUUUAGUAUUGAACUUAUUGCGUGUGGAGCGGACGAAAUGCUUAAUAAAAAAUGUCAAUCACUUCAGGGAUGGUUUGUUGGUUUUUAUCUUGAAUCAAUUAUAAUUGAAGUUUCUCCAAUUUCUUUAAAUAUUAAUAAUAAUUCAAGCAGCACAAAUAAUAAUACCAAUAGCGAGAUAAAUAAUAAUGUAAAUAACACCUUAGUUUCUUUUAUAUUAAAAGAUAAAUAUAGACCACAGCAAAUUGGACCAGAGAAAUAUGAGGUUUCAACUGAUAAUAUGACAAAUAAUAGUGUUCAGUGUAGUCUUUCAUCACAAAGUUUGAGUGCAACUGUAAGUCGUAAUUUGACACAUAGUGACAGUACAAAAGCGACUAUAUGUGAAUGGGAAAUGAAAAUGAAAAGCUGUCCAAUAAAAGGAGUAAUAUGGCCAUAUCAUUUUAAAAAUAUUAAAUUUGAUAAAAUUGAUGAUCACAGAAUAUGCCCGGAUCAACUCCAUCAUUCAGGAAAAUGGGGUCUUACAGAAAGUAUGCAAGGGUUUCGAAUUACUAUUAAGCAGAUACUUGGAUGUAAUAUAAAAUCAAAAUCUCUAUCCCGUAAAAAAGUAGUAGGAACAUUCCCUCAGAUAAUGAGAACAUGUCCUCAAAUAACCCAUCAACUUGAUAUUUCUUUUAAUAAUAUAACAAAUUUUAAUGAAAAUUUUGCUAAAUUGACAAAAUUAAAACCAGAUCGAAGAAUCAUUGAUAUCAAUUUUGAAAAUGAUUCAAUUCCUCAAAAAACAAAAGAAGGCAUAAUACAUAUUACUCGAAAUAUAUCACAAAAAUCAACACAAGGUCAAUCAACGAAAAACAAGAUUCUUUCUAUAUUUAAAUUGAAUACAAUUCAAUGA